AGCGUUCGCGUCCGUGCGUAGCAGCAGCGAAUUAGGAGAGAAAAGAAAAGAAAAGCGAUCGGCUUCUCUCGUCCCUUCACCCAAUUCCCGUUCCUUCAAAACCCUACCUUUGCUUUUCUCGGCCUUCCAUCGCGCUUCCUGUCUUCGUCUCCGCCCUGCCUCAGCUGGACUUCGCUCCGAUUCAUCUCCGUAGGAAAGUUGCUGUUAAAUAAGUGAGAAAUGUCCCCGGCUUCUAAAUCUAAGGCCAUGGAGAAAUUGCCUGCAAAGACAGUCAAGGAACAAGGCAAAGUUUCUUCAAAGCCUGUUUUGGCUGUUAACCAUGGAAAUGGUGUCCAGUCAAGUGGAUACAAUCCAGAUUCAGGAACAUUCCACAAUUUUGAUACGACGAGCUCUGUUUCUGUGCCAGGCCAAAACAAUGGACGUUUUGGAACAAUAGAUGAAACAGAGGAUCAUUCUGUUAGUACCACUGGUGAUUCUGGAGAAGAUGAACAAAAGGAGAAAACCACUAGUAAUGGACCUCGUAUUGAAUCUAUACCUGGCUGUGACACGGACAAGCGGGAGAAGAUUAGACAGAAAAAUGAGAGAAAGCAUCAACGGCAGAAGGAAAGACGUGCUCAGGAGUUACAUGAACGCUGUAGUGGGUACCUCAUGUCUAGGAAACUGGAGAUGCUUGCUCAGAAAAUUGUAGCCAUGGGGUUCUCUUCUGAGGAGGCAACAAUGGCUCUUAUACAAAAUGAAGGACGUGUUGAAGAGUCCAUUUCAUGGCUCCUUGAACUGAGCGAAGAGAGCAAGCAUCAUAUUGCAGCAAAUAUCGACAGUUCUGUCAACAUGAAAAUUGAUAUAACUGCAGAGCUUGUAAAGAUAUCGGAUUUGGAGGUGAAAUUUAAGUGCACGAAGCAGGAAGUGGAAAGGGCUGUAGUUGCAUGUGAGGGUGACUUAGAGAAGACUGAAGAGACUUUGAAGGCACAUAAGCAGGAAGUAAAGGCUGCUCCAUUGAAAUUGGAAGAAGCAGAUGACUCUGUCACAGCAAGUGGGACUCUUGACAAUAAGAUGGUAAUGCCUGUUCAAAAUGUGUCAUUAAGACCUCAACUAAAGGGAGCAGUUCCAGUUGUCACUCUACAACGAAGAGAAGAACAAGAUUUGAGUCAUAACAAAACUUUUGCAACCGGAGUUGCAGAGUCUGUGAAUAAGAAUUUGCGGUCUUCAAGAAGGUUACUGCCUAAGACAGAUUGGGGAAGACCCCAAGUGGUUGCUUCCAUGGAUAAAAGGUGGUCAAAUGGUAGCUCGACCUCAUCUGCUGCAUACUCUUUGCCAACCUCUCUGCAGGUAGCUGUGCCUCCAGCCAAUCGGUAUGUGAUGACAAGUAAUGAAAUGAAACCUAACCUGCCAUCAGUGGCAUUGAGGGAGCCUGUCAUUGUAAUGCAGCGGCCUCAGUCUCUCCAUGCCAAACAAAACCCUGCAUCUACAAGCCCGAACAUCACCAGUACAUCACCGCCGACUUCCACAGGAUGGUAUCCGAAUGGUACAUCUAGCAUGGGGUUGAUAAAGGUGGAAAAUGGAGGUCUCCUUCCGAGCUCAUCUUUCCUGGGUUUGCAUGGUUCUACUGCCCAACAAUUUAUUAACCCAAAUCAUUUCCGACCUGCUUCUAAUCCCGUGGAUUCCUUUCCAACCGGUUGGGGCACUCCAUUCAACCCUUCAAGUUCAUCCACACUGUCACCUGGCAUACCUUCUUCGCCUGGUCUCCUUACUAGCUUGCCUUCUGGUCUGUCUGCUUCAUCUUCCGAUGACUGGUGUUCCAGUGGGUCAACAACAUACGACUAUACCUCUAUAGAUUGGAGCAUGGAUACAGAUUUCAUGAAGCCAUCCCACAAGAUCAACAACUUGCCGUCUACAUGGUCUACCAUGUUCAUGGGUGGGAAAAUGGUGAAGCGUACUGUGAACUCACACUCAGCGGUUAUCGGCAUACAGGGUGAUAGUCUUGCAACCGAUGACUCUUCAUACUCGUCCGGGUCAUAUGAUUGGUCAUCUCCUUUUACAGGGAAGGACCUGCUGAGCAUUCCAAGACGGUAUGUUACCGAUUCUUCACCCUAGGAAGGUUGUAAGCUGAGAAAGAAUAAAAGACAGUGGAUUUGUUGCUGUUGAUGUUCUUGAUGCUCAUGAUUUAAAAACUGCAUGCUUUGGUUCAAA